GGUAUGUGAAAUGCGCGCGUGCGCCGCCGGACAGGUAAAACCGGUCACACACCUGCACAGCCUCAGACCCGGAAGUGAGUGUGAGUUCUGUCUCCAGAAUGAAGCAGGUGUUGUUCCUCAGUGUGUUCUGCGUGCUGGUGUGUGUCCGAGGCGGGGAGAGUGUGUCGGCUGUGAGUGUGAAGGACCUCUCUGAGCUGCCCUCUCUGGGGGUCAUCGCUGCGAAGGAGGGCGCGAGUGUAGUGAUCAGGUGUAACGCGAGUGAGCUUCAUGAGCACAUCGAGUGGUACGACUCUGAGGGACGCGUCCUGAGCGGAAACGACUCCAGAGGAAGACGGGUCACGGUGGAUAAAGACACGCUGAACAUCACCAGCGUUUCAUUCGAGGAUCGUGGACGGUACACGUGCAUCUCACGGAGCUCAGAGGGCAUCUCCAACUACACGGUGACGCUGAGAGUGAGCUACACCUCCAGCGGAUUGGGGCUUUACUACAUCAUCGUGUGCUUCAUCACCUUCACCAUCACCAUCAUCCUCAACAUGACCCGUCUGUGCAUGAUCAACACACACCUGCGCAAGACCGAGCGCGCCAUCAACGACUUCUUCCGCACCGACGGAGCAGAGAAACUGCAGAAAGCUCUGGAAAUCGCCAAGCGCAUCCCCAUCGUCACGUCCGCUAAAACCGUGGAGCUCGCGAAAGUCACGCAGUUUAAAACUCUGGAGCUGGCCAAGCAGAUGGAGGAGCUGGCGAGGAGCGUGCCUCUGCCUCCACUCAUCCUCACCUGCACCACGGCUGUGGAUGAAGCGGAGUGUGGAGGUCCAGCAGCUAUCGAACAUCAGGAGGAGGAACACAGUGAACAAGACGCCCUGAGCCGAGAGAUGAGAAAGUGAUGCAGGCUUUUUUUUUUUUAGAAAGCAAAGGAAAGAGAGAGAGAGAGAGAGAAGUCUGUGUGCUGUGGAAUUUAUUCUAACACACUUCACCUGGAUGAAGGAACAGUUUUAAUCUGCAGGUGAUGAAGCUUCCUGCAGUCAGAGAAAUGAAGAGCUCCUUCUGAACAGUUCUGAAUGUACAUUUUAUGGCUUUUCAGUAUUUUUGCGUGAUAUGUAGGAACUCAAUUUGGGAUGUUGCUCAGCUGGACAGUGGUGUGUGUGUGUGUGUGGGUGUGGGUGUGUGUGUGUGCACUCAGAAUUAAACUCUCACCAUGACUGUGCAACUCCUUGAGCUGAACCUAAAAUAUGUUUGACUCUCACUGUCAUUCCCCAAACCAGUUACACACAGUCCAAAGGUCACAGUUUAAAUAUUACAGACACACAGUAUAAAUGGAGUAGAGUCUCAGAAGCGAUAUUUACAGACAGAUAUAAACACAGAGAUGAACAGAUUCAGAGUAAAGUAAUAGGAAGAAACAUAAAUGUUCCUGAUGUAGUUCCAGCUUUCACCACCAGGUGGCAAUAAAACACAGCAACAGCCCCAAUGUCCAGCAACUACAGACUUUUAUUAUGUUUAUAUCUCUACUUCCUUUAUAUUGCGUGUGUAUUUUUAUUGUGUUUUUAAAUUGUAUGUUUCUCAGUCAGGCACUUUAACAUAGUGACAGUCACUUUGGUGCUGCAGUUUGUAAAAACAUGGUGGUAGUUACUGUGAUGUGUGUGAAAUGUGAGGAGAGGCGGACAGGUGGAGGUGAUCUUUGCUCUGUCAGCUCUUCUCUUAUCACUGUUUUAUCAUCAGUCAGAAUGUAAAGAAGUAAUAAAUCAUUUGUAAUCAGGACUUCAGAUGAUUAAA